UCUUCAACUGUUGACUUGAUACAGUUUCAGUAGUUGCGAGUUGCCACUGUAACAAACCGCACUUUCUCCUUUUUAAUUUAUCCUUAUUUCUCUCUCUCUCUUUCUCUCGCUCGCUAUCUUCUGAAAGUAGCUUUGGCUGGCGGCGAAAACAACGAAAGCCGAGCUAAAUCGGAGAUGUCAACCACCGGAGAAAGCUCAGAGAAGAGGGCACAUCCUAUGAAACUCGUCGUUUUGGCAGACUUGAAUGUGGAUCCUCCUGAAUUUGAAGAAGAAGACAUUAACCCCUUCAUUCCUUCUGUUCCUCUUCCUCCUAGGUUAAUAAUCAAUGAGAAUAGUCAGGAAAAGUUCCCUUUGUUAGUCAAAGAAAACAGUGAUGUUUUAGAAGGUGAAGCUAAAAGGCUAAACAAAAUGGGGAAGUGCCGUUCAAGAUCAGGGAAAGAAGACCAUCUUGACUGUGGGGUGGAUGCUGAGGGUGAUCAACAUUCUCAAGGGACUCCAUCAUCCAGAGAAGAGAAAGUCAGCAGCCUUAAAACUGGUUUGAUACAUGUGGCAAGGAAAGCUCCAAAAAAUGCACAUGCUCACUUUUUACUUGGCUUAAUGUACCAGCGAUUGGGUCAGCCUCAAAAGGCAGUGCUUGACUAUGAGAAGGCAGCGGAGAUUUUACUCCGUUCUGAUGAGGAGAUUGACAGACCAGAGUUGUUGUCAUUGGUCCAAAUGCAUCAUGCACAGUGCCUCCUCCUAGAAAGUCUUGGAGAAUAUGCUUCAGAUAAAGAGCUUGAAACUGAAGAGUUGGAAGCAAUUCUUUUGAAGCUGAAGGAAUCAGUGUUGUCAGAUAUUAGACAAGUACCUGUAUGGAAUACUCUGGGAAUUAUUCUUCUUAAAACUGGUCGUGUUGAGAGUGCUACUUCAGUUAUGUCUUCUCUUUUGGCCUUGGCACCUUACAACUUGGAUUGCCUUGCAAAUCUUGGUCUUGCUCAUUUGCUGAGUGGGAAUGUGGAAGCUGCCUCAAAAUGUUUCCAGGAGCUAAUUUUAAAAGACCAAGGCCAUCCCAGUGCUCUUGUCAACUAUGCUACUAUUUUGAUGUACAAAUAUGGCUCAGCUGUUGCAGGGGCUGGAGCCAGUGCUGGGGAAGCUGGUGCAGAGUCGGAUUCUGCAGCGGCAAUCAAUGUGGCAAAGGAAUGCCUGUUAGCUGCUGUCAAAGCAGAUCCUAAGGCAGCUCAUACAUGGGCUAAUCUUGCAAAUGCAUACGAUAUUAGUGGAGAUCAUAGAAGCUCAAGCAAGUGCUUGGAAAAGGCAGCAAAACUGGAGCCCAACUGUAUGUCUACUCGAUAUUCUAUUGCUGUUCAUCGUAUCAAAGAUGCAGAAAGGUCACAAAAUCCGACUGAACAUGUAUCCUUGGCUGGAAAUGAGAUGGCAUCAAUACUUAGAGAAGCAGAUCCUAUGUUGAUUGAUCCUCCAAUUGCGUGGGCUGGACUUGCCAUGGUUCACCAAGCUCAGCAUGAGAUUGCAGCAGCAUUUGAAACUGAACAGAAGGAAUUGAUGGAGGUGGAAGAGCAUGCUAUUUGCAGCUUGAAGCAGGCAAUUGGAGAGGAUCCAGAUGACGCCGUGCACUGGCACCAGUUAGGGCUCCAUAGUCUUCGCACCCAACAAUUCAAAUUGUCACAGAAGUACCUUAAAGUUGCAGUAUCUCGAUUUAGGGAAUGCAGCUAUGCCUGGUCCAACCUUGGCAUCUCUCUACAAUUAGCAGAAGAACCAUCUCGAGCUGAGGAAGCUUUCAAGCGAGCCUUACUUUUGGCUACUUCUCAGCAAGCACAUGCAAUAUUUUCGAACCUAGGGAAUUUUUACAGGCAGGAAAAGAAAUAUGACAGUGCAAAAGCAAUGUUCACAAAAGCACUUAAGCUUCGGCCUGGAUAUGCUCCUGCUUACAACAAUCUAGGUCUUGUAUUUGUUGCUCAGGGUCUGUUCGAAGAAGCAAAGUUCUGCUUUGAUAAGGCUUUACAGGCUGACCCCCUUUUAGAUGCUGCCAAAUCUAACAUGGUUAAAGCUUUGGCUUUGUCCAAGAUAUGCAAAAGUUUCCCUUCAAGUUUGUUGCGGGAUUAAUUUGUUAGAGGACAUGGACUGUCAUAAUGGAGUGGGAAAUGCAUAUAUAUCCAGAUGGUGAUGAUUGGGGCAUUUCGGGUUAAAAUCACGAUCCAAUGAGAAAGUUUGAUGGGUUUAUCUGUAACCAUUUCACAUUUCCCAAAAGUUGGAUGUCUGUUCGUCAAUGCCGUAGCCUAAAAUCUGCUAUAAUCUUCUGUUAUCAUUGGCAGAUUACAGCAAUGGUAAUAUCCUGCAAAUUGCAGCUUCAGGGUAUAUACUAUCAUGCCCGGCUUGCUGAACACCCCACAACCUGUGCUGUGUGAGACGGAGUAACAUAUUUGGUUAUCUUAUGGGCCAAGUGUCGUGCAGCUCGGAUGUGAGAUUGUCAUUGAUGUAACUCACAGAAAAGGUUUGAUGUUCCUGAGAAGGUGCUCGAUCUGCGGCUCUACCUGCAUUUUGGUGAUUUCAGGGUUAUUUUGAACUGAGAUUUUGCUGACAGGAGUAGUGUCACACCAGCUCAAGGAUAAUCCUGUUCAGAGAUAGUUUAUACUUGCUAGCCUCCACAUAGUCAUGAAUUGGAGGUUUUAGUGCUUUUUCCCCUGCCUUCUUCCUGUGAAGUCCCUCUUCAGCAAGGUUAUAUUCUGUCUUGCUGUUUGCAACUGAUCCUGUAUUUUUACAAGGGAAACCGAAGUAAAAUACCAGGUCACUCCAUCGUUGUAUAUAGAGAUUAAAAUAAAAUUAACCGAGCAUUACAUGAGUCAGUAACAUUUUCCCUCACUGUCACGGUUCAAGUAUCCGAACUGGAAGUGAGAUUUCUUCUCUUUGUGAUAUUUGCAUUCAUACAAUUAUAGCUAUUGCUGUCAAAAAAAUAUACAAGGAGCUGUGAUAAAUCCAUACCCAGUAUGCCGGUAUUGGUCUGCUUGCACAAAAUCAGUAUACACAAACAGUACAGAGAACGGUAACUUGGUUCGUGGUUCUGAAUAGCGAGUUACCGGUUUCACCAUUCAUGUUUAUGGAUAUUGGUCUAUUGGAUUGCUUGCACAAAUCCAGUGACUUCCACAUUUAAUUUUGUGGAUGUGAUUUCAUUUUGCAUACAAUUGAUCAGUGUCCAUACAAAUGAAAAAGAAAUUGCUGGAGACUGGAAAGAAUUAUCCAGAAUAAGUGAACAACCCUUUUCGGAUAUUCUCGUGCUCAUUACAUUAAAAGAUAACUUUCCCUCUUCUACCUCACAAAACUCGAAAAAUCACCUGAAUUUCUCUUUCAUCUACUGUCCGCCAUGGCUGCAACAACAACAUCCUCCAUAGCAAUUCAAAUCCCCAAAUACCACUUCAUCAUCCGAUCAUCAUCUUCAAAACCCACCUCAGUACCUGUUUCCCAGAAACCCUCUAAUAAACCAGAAAACUCGUUGUCUUUCGCCAGAAACUUGGCUGUAGCUACCACAAUCUUGUCACCCCUAGCCUCUUCCCCAUUAGCCUUAGCAGCAAAGCAAAUAGCCGAGUCACCACAGGAAGAUAACCGAGGUCUCCUCCUUCUGGUGCCUGUUGCAGCUGCAUUAGGAUGGGUGGUUUUCAACAUCUUUGGUCCUGCAUUGAACCAGAUCAACAAAAUGAGGAGCGAUACGAAUGUGACCGUCGUUGGACUCGGGCUUGGUGGGUUGUUAACUGCAGCUGCGUCUAGUGCUGUGUUUGCGCCGAUUGCUUCAGCUGCAAGUGAAGUUGUUGAAGGUGAGGUCGUUGCCGCUUCAGGAGGUGUUCCGCUUCCGUUGAUUGUGGCUGGUUGUGUGGCUUUACAGGUGGUGUUGUUCAGUACUAUGCAAUCAAAGUAUGAGAAAGAGGGGGGUGCUAGUCAUUAAAAUGUGUGGAUUCUUGAUUGAAAUUUAAUCUUUGUGUAUUAAUGUAUAUCAUCAUGAUGUAGCGAAAAAUAACUUGAAUGUAUCUACAUUGAAUUUGAUAUUUGAAUCAAUGGGAUAUGAUUUUAUGGGA